AUGGCACAAAUCGGAGAACGACUGAGGAUGCAACUAAAUUACUUGAAAGGAGCUCGGCUUUCCGAAACAAGCACUGUUAAAAUGUUAUCAGUGUUAAAGGCAUUGGCGCAAUGUCACGUUAUUUUGGGUUUGAUUAUGCUUAUUCUGUCAACCUUGGCUGACUAUGUCAGCAGCCGAAUAAAUACUAUCCGUAUGUAUGGACUAGAAGAAUGUUGCUCGUUCUACUUCAUUGUUACCGGACUAGUGGGUUUAUGUGGUGCAGCCUCAUAUAGAAGAGGGCUAGUAAUUACGUUUCUUGUCAUGUCAAUCCAUGCAAUCAUCAUUUUUGUGCCGGCUAUCAUAAUCGUGUCGAGCUUCGACAUUCACUUUUAUCAGCAUGAAUGCUGGGGCGAAUGUGAUUGGCAUUUAUUGGCGACUUCGCUACCUCGAAACAGUCGCUGUCAGAUCAUGUGUGGUGACCAUGUCGACGAUAAUAUGAGAGUCUCGAUGACUCGUCUGGGUACCGACUUUCGACUAGAUGCCGGUCUCAUUGCGGCCGCGAUUCUGGAAUUAUUGUUGGCAUUAGCGACAACAAUAAUUUCUGCACGAACGAUUUGUAGUACGGUGCGG